AUGUUGGAAUACCUAAAUCGAUACAACAUAAGUUACCAUUCGAAAGUCGCAAUUUUGGAUAAAGUCGUCAUAGCACGUUCAAAAGUUUCUACCUUACCAGACAAAAAUCUGCCCAACAAAAUGAAGGAAUCUUCGGAGGAUGACUCUGGCAAUGAAGAAGUCGUACCAAUUCCGGUUCAAAUUUUUCUUUGGAGGCAAACAACGCCUUUUGUGCGACCAAGACUUGGAAAGGUUCACGACGCGUCGUGCAUGUUCUGCCAGCGAGCUCCAGGCCAUCACGAACUGAAAGAAGCUUGCAAGUCAUUUGAAAAAGUACUGGUGCAAAACUUACAUUUUGGACUCUCCAUCAGCCUUACCGAUGCAAUAGAAUCAAUACCAAGAUGGCGAUUGAUACAAACAGCAUUACCGCAUGUUAUGCAUGCACUGGCAGCAUUGCUACACACCAGAAUAAAAGACAACAUGCAAUCUUUGGGGAAUGUAGAGACGAAACUUCUUUAUACUUUACACUGGAUCCUUCUUGAUGCUUCAGAUGAGUGUGCUGAUAAUGAUUAUGAAAAUGAUAAAUUUUACUCACAUCCAUUUUAUUAUUUAUUCUCCAUACCAACAAUGACACUCUUUGUGUUCCUGUUUGCACCAAUAUCACAUCAUUUGAAAGAGUCUGACUUCACCAAUAACUAUAGAUUGGAAAACGGUUUAAAAAUGUGGCAGGCCAUGUGGGAAUUUCGACAUCCUGACUCCGCAUGUUUUACCACCUUAGUGAAGCCUAAACCGAGACCUCUUGGCGGUAGGUUCUCAAAAAGGAGCCAACCUGAAGAUGUAUUCUUAGGCCGAAAGUUUUCAAAAGAGGAGGGUGGAAGUCCACCCAGUCAAAAUAUGUCAGUAUCACAAUCGGAAAUGCCUUCAAAACAAGCCAGUACUGAGGAAGAACCAUGGCUGUCGUCUCCUAAAGACACAAUAUUUCCAGAAACGAUCCCAGAAGAGAGCUCUAGUACUGAAGAAGAGCAUGUUUUCAUUUAUCGUUUACCGUCGGAACAAAACUACGGCGGGCCAUAUAAAGACGUGUACACGGUGUACGCGGCAGAUCCUAGUCUGUUCCAAGUCCGAAAGCAAGACAACAUGAAGCCAACACUUCCAGGGAUAAAACCAUUGCCGCAAAUAACGAAAAUGAGUUCAUCGGACAAAGAAUCGCUUUCAGAUAGUGGUGGCGGGUGCCCGGGCAUCAAAGGAACACCAACUACUGAAAAACCACCAUCCAGCAAACAAGGAAAUGUCUCAGCAGCAACUUUCCUGGAUGUCGCGACGCUGAGAUGUCUUUUUACCUCACAGUGGCAAGAGGAAGGUGUAUACUGGGCUCUACACUAUCUAUAUAACAGAUUGCGCGACAUCUGCGACGACAUGUCAAAACACAUCCAGCCAAGGAAGAGAAGCAACUCUCUGCCCAUCCCGAAAAUCGAAGUGUCAAUAUACCAGAGCCCGGACAUGAAGGAGCAUGAUUCGUUGAAAAAUUUCAUGGAGGUCCCCGAAUCAAAGGAAAUAUCUCCAAUAACGGAGAUGCCCUCCAGUGUGCCCAAAAUCGACGAAGAGAACCUCAUGACGCGGAGGGCGAGCGAGAAGGUGAAACGCAAAAUGAAAAUGGCCGACCUGAAGGCGUUCGUUGAGACGAAGCUGCUCUCCAAAUCUGAAAAGGCCCUAGAGAAAAUCGGCCAGGACGAGCAUAAAUUUAGCUUUCAUACAGCAGUAAGAAUGAUAUCUGAAUACCAUAGAAGUCUCGAUAACGCGGAUGACAGGCCCAAUUCAGCGCUGGCGAGCAAUUUUCCCGCCAUUACUCCGCGCCUUACUGGCGAUCUUCUCCCAUGCAAUCUCAUUAAAGGGAAAAGUAUGCCAAGUCUGAGAUAUAUCGGCGAAGCGAAGACAGAGCGUGCGCACGGACAAACUCCAACGGCGCACUCUGCAAUGCAAAAAAAGAAGAAUCCGAUAAUAACUGUCACAGAACACACGCCCACACCGUCGCCGGAUUACCUUUCGAAGACGAGACAAGGCUCAAUGGAGUCUCAACUGGACUCUGUGAGUAUGCAAGGCUCCCAGCACAUUCCGACCCCCGAACGCAAACCAAGUUUAACGCGUUCUCAAACUGACUCGAACAUUACUUACAUCGUGGAAGAGAUACAGGAGGCACCCGGCUCCAAGUUUUAUAUAACGAAGGACGGUGACAUCGAUUUUCAAAUUAUUCUCAAGGCAGUAUAUUCUGUAUCUACUAUGGAUAGUUUUUAUAUAACGGUCAGGGUGAUGGAAGUCAUGUUAAAUUUAGUUGACACUCUUAUGGAAAUUGGAGUUCACAAGAAUUGGCAGAUGGAUAACACCAAAACUGCUCAACCAGAAACUGUGGACCCUCUAGCUGAAUUCAACAAGGAUAAAGAUAGCAAGGAAAGGGAUUCUGGUAUACCAUGCGCGCCAAGUCAGGAGUCUACCAACGUAGAAGUAGGCGACAAUAAGGACAACACGAAGGAUGAAGAAAAUUUAGACUGUCCAUAUUUUAUGAUUAUGCAUAUUAUCCUAAGACUCCUGCGCCAACUGGGCUGCUCGCACGGCUGCACGUCCGCACUGCGCGGCCCGCAAGCGGAGUGCCUCAGGGUGCAGGCCCGCAACUCCCUCCGCCAGCUCCGUUCGGCCUCCGUCGCCAAGUUCAACCAGCGCAUCAAGGAGAUGACGAAGUUCGCCCCCAUCAGGGAGGUGCUGGACAACCUCCACGCGGCCAUUGGGUUCUGCGCGGAGCCCUCGAACAUGGUCUCGCCAAUGAACCAACAAAAGCGUAACUACGCUAAAUCGCCGGACGUCAGCCAUCUGCAAGCCGGCUACGCCACAAACUUUGGGACGGGACAAGGCGCCAACACGAACAGAGCGAUCGACAAUUUCAUCAUAGAGGCCACAUUCAGAGUGCUGGUCACUAGGUUUGCGUUAAUGCACAAGGAAUUGAAGCUUCUAGAUAAUUCUGCGCUUUAUAUGGAAGUGCGGCUCCUUCUAAGCUACGUUAAGGAGGCACAUGGGACGGAGUUUCGACUGGUAGCGCUCAGUGCAUUGCUCGACACGGCUGAAAGACCCGACAGCCAGCAGAAAGACAACAAUAUGCAGACCACGAGAGUCAUAAGGCACAUCCCGAGGAUGCAAGAGGAGGAGCGCGGUUCAGACACGGGUGCUGACUCGGGCUGCGCUGAUGACCGCAGCCACAAGAAGUUCACAUUCAAGAAGAGAAGCACCUCAUCCACGGGCGCCCACAGCCUCCUGGAGACGGAGGGCGGCGACGAGUCCGCGAGCCAGUCGCCGCUGUCGGUGCGCACGCGCCGCUACCAGCUGACGCCGCGCCAGUCGGAGCGCACCAUCCCCUCCGCGGCCUCCGCCGACAUCACGCCCCACCACAUGGCCCACAAGUCGCUGCACUCCCGCUUCCACAUCAGCGGCAUCGUGAAGUGGUUUCGCACCCGGCCGCAGCCGGCGCCGCUGGCGCGCAACGGCGGCGGCUCGGGCGAGUCGUUGCCGCAGUUCGGCAGCAUGGUGUCGCUGGCGCGGCCCCAGCUCGCCGCGAGGCCCGUGCACGUCAAGCGGCGCGUCGGCUAUACGCUCAACAGAGCCAGAAAACGAGUAGAAGACAGACUCAACAGGUUUGGCCUUCGCAAGAUGGGAAAGAAAAGAGAUGGAAGCAUUGAAGAAACUUCUGGAGGAUAUAUGUCGCGGCGGGGCUCGGCGGAGGGCGGCUCAGGCGGCGGGGAGUCGGAGGUGGUGGUACUGAAGCGGCGGCGGCUGGUGGCGGCGGCGCCCCUCUACGCGGGCCUAGCGCGGCUCAGCUUCCUGCUGGACGCCACGCAGCCUGGCGCCACGCCAGACGCCCUCUUCAUGGCGGGACUCCUCGACCUGCCGCACACGGUCGUAGUAGCGCGUGCUUCGGUGCUUCUGGAGUGCGCCCAUUUGGUGCACAACUGCAACAAGGGGCAAUGGCCGUAUUGGUUGAAAUCGAAUAUGGUGAAGAACUCUCUGUCUGCAAGUCCCCAAUUACGAAGACGUCUUGCUGGAAAGCUUUUCUACCAAUGGGCCGAGGCUAUCGGGAACAGAUUGGAGGAAAUGUUAAUGGAGGAUAAAAAGCACCUGGAUACCGUAGUCUCCCUGGUAACGGAUCCCGAUGGACAGCGAGAACUGUUGCAGCAAGACGAAGAGGAGGAUUUCCUCGAUGAAGCCAGCAUACGCCUCCAAGGGAAAACUCUCGGCGCCGAAUGCCCCCGCGCCUUAAGGCUGGUCGCUUGCGUCCUACUUUUCGAGAUAACCGCCUUCCUCCGCGAAACCUACCAAAACCUACCGAAGUCGUGUCGCUCCUCGCUCAAAGAGCGCGGCCCCUGGGACAGAGUGUACAGGGAGGCGAAUAGACGAUGGAGCAUGGCUCUGUCUAGUAUGGGACACUCACAGGCGUCGGCGCAAAGUUUGCAAUCGAUAGCCGGUGCAGAAACGGAACGGAAGAUCUCCUUCGUCCUCCACGAGCCAGAAAACGUGUCUGGCGGCAGCAAUGUCACCCUCGCCGACGCGAUCCCGAGCGCCGUCCUGGACGACAAGAAGGGGCGUCUGGGCGCGCGCGGCAAGGCGAUGCACCGCCGCAGCACCCAGCAGACGCACUCCGCUUACGGCUCCUUCAAGCGGCGCUCCAUCAAGCUCCGCCAAAAAGACGCCAGGGAUGCGGACGAAUUCGUAACACGAAGAUCCGACUCAAUACAGAGCAGAAGGAAGGUCUCGUCCCUGUCCGACAGAAGCGACACGUCUGAAGUUUUUCCCGGCGCGGUGAUAAUGCCGAACGAGAUGGACAGCGGCGGCGAGGAGAGCCCCGGCGUGCUCUCCGACGACCACGAGCACCCGCCCGACAGCCCGGACAGCAACUCCACCGACCCGCCAGACAACAACAAGGGCUUUCCCUGGCUCAAGGUGAUGGUGAAAUUUUUGAACUCCUUUAACUACGUGUGCUGCCACCAGAACUUCUGCCAUCCGUAUUGCUUCCGUCGAAAUAUGCGGGCGACUGUCCGUCUUAUGAAGUCCGUACAGAAGAUAUAUGGUGAGAAGUUCGGUCCGGAGAUAAACACGCAGAGCAGCGAGGAGGGCUCGGGAGGGACCAGGAGGGGACGGAGGGCCCGAAAGCCCUCCGAGCAUGCCACCGACAGAAUCGACCGGUCCGUGAUCGAGAGCGCGGGGCUGGCCUACAGGGCGGCAGGGGUGGAGAACUCGCUGCCCCCCCACGAGGCGCCGCCCGCCGCCAAGCCGGGCUCCGUCCCCUACCCGCCGCCCGAGCCGCCCGCCAUACUCAAGUACCUCAAAGCGCAGGUGCGGGAGGCGUACCACAUGCCUCUGGCGACGCUGGUGAAGGGCGCGACCACGAUGGGCGAAGAUCUGUUCGCGGAAGUGGCGCCGGUCGCCUGGAAGCUGCUAUUGGAGGCGGACCGCGAGCUGAGCGCCUGCGCCGCCGCCGUGUUCAUACUGGCCGCGGUGAAGGCGCCCCACGCCGCCUCCGACAUAAUGCACAGCGACCUGAAGCACACAGAGCCCGACGUCAGAAUCAACGCGAUCCUGCGUUUUCAAGUGAUAUGGAAACUCCGCUAUCAAGUGUGGCCGCGUAUGGAGGAGGGCGCUUCGAUGACGUUCAAAGUGCCUCCCCCGGGCAUAGAGUUCACGCUCCCUUCGCCGAAGAUCGGCAUCGAGUCUUUGGCCGUCGUGGACCCGCCUUGGAGUCCACAGGUCAAGGACAAGGACAUGGAAAUGACGCUAAAUCAAGAGAGACACCGCUCCCUGGUGACCGCCACGAAGACCCGCAAGAAGCAGCAGACGGAGGCGAUCAAGAGGGCGCUGCAGCAGCGCAACGACAAGAAGAAAGCGGAGCGCGAGAGCUUCCUCAUCACCACCAUCCCCAUCACCAGGCAGGCGGCCCGCGAGCCCGCGCUCGACCACGCCGCCGAUGACCACGUCGAACCGCCCGCUGACGAGGAACCGAUGGAGGGCGUCCGAGGGUCCCACCACACACAGGUGGCCUCCGCUCUCUUCCCUUCUGCGCUGUGCUCCGCCGUGGCGGAGAUCGUGUCACUGCUUGAUGACGCCGCUGUAUCGCGCGAGGGGUGCUCCGUCUACGAAGUCGCCUACCAGUGCAUUUGGGGAUGCCUGGUGGAGGACUCGGCGCUGUUCCUGCGGCACGUGCUGGAGCGCCUCACCAGGGACCACCAGGACGAGAUGUUCAAGCUGCUGCGCCACCUCAUCCGCUUCAUCCCGCGCCUGCCGCAGCAAGCCGCCUUCGCGCUCUACAACUACAUCAUCGGCUACGUGAUGUUCUACGUGCGGACGCCGCACGAGGACGGCCAGAGGCUCAUCGGCGCCGCCCUCUCUAUAUUGUGGAUGGUGGUGCACAGCGUUCACGGUAUCAUGUUUAAAGACCUUAAACAAAUCCUACGUAAAGAACAAUGCGAUGCGUCAAUUCUACUAACGGCUAACGUGCCAGCCGCGAAGAAAAUUAUUGUACACGCCGACAACGAGGGCAGCAUACCGUCGCAGUUCCCAGUUCAAGAGGACACACAGUUCUGCCAGAUACUAAGAGAGUCACUGGAUUUCUUUAGCAUUCCAGAUCGACUGCACGAUGAAUACUUUUUGGUGGACUUCAAAACUCGUCAAAUCCACAACCCUCAAAGUUACGUGCGGGACCAUUACUUCUUCAAACGCUCUCAGUACCCGCAAUUAGGCCUAGUACACAUGGAACCCGAAGAAGCCUUCCAUAAGCUACAACAACAGGAACUUCUACAGAAAUUCGUGGAGAUAGGGAAGGUGCUCCUGACAUGGGCAAUCCUUAAAAACGUUGAUAUGGUUGUUCAACGAGUAGUAUUUCUCCAUGAUGAGCUGAUGAAGCUGCCUUCGUUUCCUCGCAAGGCUCUGGAAGCUGAUCUUGAUCUAUACAGCCGAGGGGAGCUGGGCUCCACCCUCCUUGGUCUGGACGUUUUGCACAAAUUCAUGUGGGUCCGCCUAAUAGCGCGAAUGUUCGAGGCCAUGGCGGGCAACUUCACUUCUUCGAGGGACAUCCACUUGUUUCUAAAUGUACUAAACGGAGCCCUAAUGCUGCACAGCGAGGAUUCUCUUAUUCUCCGAUACGUUAUUGCAACAUAUGUGAACGCAGCUUUCAACUUUAAGAGCAUAUUUUCCACCAACGGAUAUCUUCUGAUCAUGCCAACGUUACUUCAGAUUUACUCAAACUUCCAAACCAAUAGACUUGUGACGACUACGAUCGAGUACGCGGUAAAACAAUUCUACCUUUUAAAUAGAAAACCUUUCAUCCUGCAAAUGUUUGGCUCCGUGUCGGCCAUUUUGGACACAGACGAAGAGGCAGCUUACGGCGAUGCAAGCAAAGUCCAAUCCAGCUGCCUGUUCAACCUGCUGCUGAGCCUGGAGACGCCGUCCCCCGACCCGCUGCACAUCGCCGAGCUGAUCAAAGAGGAGAAACCCCUGAAGCCCAUCGACUUCUGCUACCGCGACGAGGACGAGAUGGUCAACGUGCUGGACUGCAUCAGCCUCUGCGUCAUGGUCGUCUCGUACUCCGCGGAGAGCAUGCGGGGCUAUCAGAUGCUGAUUAUAUUAGAAGCCAUACUUCCGUGCUACGUGAAAAAGAUCCAGUUACCCACUUAUAAUAAGAAGGGCAAAACGGAGAAAGAGAUUAUUCAACAACUAGCUAUUGCCAUAAAAACUCUUGUCAAUAACUGCGAAGGCUUAUCCAAGUCGUACAACGGGCCGUACCGCACGUCGCCCGAGCACAAGGGGUCGUCGCAGCGCGGCUGCGCGCGGCCCGCCGCCUUCGUGCCGCUCGACCUGCUCGACGACGAGUCGCACUCGCGCUACGUGAGCGAGCACGCGCGCCUGCCGCCCGCCAGCGACACAGAGGACUCGGAGCUUGUGCGCGCGGAGUACCGCCGUCCGCGCGACGUGCUGCUAUCGCUGGUGGGCGAGUUCAUCGGGCGCGCCAGCAGCCGGCUCCUCGACCUGAACGGCUCCAAGGGCAGCGGCGGCAGCGAGGGCAAGCCCGUAGAGCUCCUAGAUUCCAAGUCGCACGCGCGUCUGGCGGAGAUUGCGCAUUCCCUUCUGAAGGUGUCCCCUUACGACCCCGAGUCUAUGGGCUGUCGUGGCCUCCAGCGCUAUAUGACCUUAGUGCUUCCGGCCGGUGAGUGGGCGGAGAUGGACUUGCGGCCCUCGCUCAUAAUGAUAUUGCGACGCCUCGACAAAGUGUUCUUGAAGAUCGCCAAGAAGCCCAGCAUUAGGAGAAACACUGACUGGGAUUCGGCGGCGGUGCUCCUGAAAGGUGUUUACGAAACUAUGAUCAGAUGUCCUUACAUUAUGCACUGGCAGCAAGUAAAGACUCUUCUUAACACUGUUCAAUCGCUAAUUGUGUCGGAAAACAACACCGGUGAGAACCUGUCAUCGGCAACCGCCGCGCUCAUGUCCCAGCCGCCGCCGCCUCACUUCUGCAGCACCGUGGUGCGCCUGAUCGCCCUACAGGUCAUCAACACGGGGGAUAGCUAUUCUUUAGAGCAAAUGUGCGGUGGGACUGCAAUAUUCCCAUCAGCUGAAAAAACAGAAAACAUGCUGAUGAACCUUUUGAUGCCUCUUUGUUUGCGGGUUGGCAGCGGCAGGAAGGACGUGCCGCCGCUGCGCCAGUCGGACGUGUCGUACGUGGUGUCGGUGGUGCUGAGCGCGCUGUGCCCGCCCGCGGCGCCCGGCCAGCUGGCCGCGGUCAACGCCAAGCUGAACGCGGCCGACGCGCGCGCCAACUCGCUCACCUUCACCGGCAGCCGCGACAUCCGCAACACCACCCGCCUCUCCAACCAGCUCUACCGGAUCGCCUUCCUCGCGCUGAAGGUGAUGUGCGCUUGCUUCACGAGCGAGCUUUGCUCCGAGUGGGGCCGGAUCGCGCGCGCUAUGCGGGAACUCGGCCGCCGGAACGAAGCGGCUCACCAUCUCUGGGACUUCCUGGAACACGUGGUCACCUACCGCACGCCGCUCUACGUGCUACUGCAGCCCUUCAUAGUCCACAAGCUAUCGCAGCCGCCGAUCGGCGACCACGAGCGGCACAUGCAGUUCGUGGUGCGCGAGCGCGUGCGCGGCCUCAAGCUGCCGGCGGGGCGCGCCCGCGGCGCCCUCCUGGCCGAGUUGGCGCGCGAGCUGCGCACCAUGCGGGACACGCACGACCACUACAAGUUCGAGCAGAUAGCCGAGAGCCUGGGCGCGGCGGGCGGCAAGCGCGCGUCGGAGGCGGUGCCGCGCGGCGACAAGCAGCAGCAGCACCGGCCCUCGCUCAUCUCCAUGCUGGUGGGGCGCGCCGGCCUGCCGCGCACGCCCGACCACCCGGCCGCGCCGCUCGCCGCACAGCGCGAAUCGCUGUCAAGUAGCUCCACGACCAGCCAGCAGCUGCCGGCUUACGACGUACCGAGUAGUAACAGCCGAAACAGCGACAACGCAGGCAGUGUUAACUCGCAAAUUGGCGCAAUGAACAAUCAUGGAGGUGACCAGAAACCGUCAGUAAGCACGCCGUCUUUCGCAAGCACUCAGACCAAGUUGCGCUUUGUGUCGUCUGUGGAGUUUAAGCUAAAUUCAGGCGAGACGUGCACGACGCCGCUGUCGCCGCUGUCGCCGUGCGAGGUGUCGUGCGAGGAAGGGGACGAGCCGAGGCCGCGGCUGCAGCGCGCGCACGGCCCCUCCAAGAAGACCUUCAAGUUCCGCCGCAGCCGCCACGCCACCAAGCCGGAGCGCGCCCUCGUCGGGCGCCUGGAGUCGGACGAGUGCUCGUCGUGCGGCGCCGAGGGCAGCCCGCCGUGGCGGCGCGCCUCCCUCCUGCCGCCGCCGGCGCCCGCCGACACCUCCUACGACAGCGAGAUCUCGCAGACCUCCUCCACCUCCGGCUACAGGGAGAGCUACAGCCUGCAAGCGUCGAUGUCCGACUCGCCGGGCGGCUCGGUGCGCGCGGCGCUCGCCUCGCCGGAGCAGCCCUCGCAGCGCACCGGCUCGGUGACGCCGCACGCCAGCCCCGACGCAUCUUUAAGUUGCGAAUCGGGAACAUCGUCAGCGGAGCGUACGGCCUUGUUGGGCGCAGCCAGCCAACGCUCACUCUUACUAAGCAGCGAGCUUCGCGACGAAGACACUUUGCUA